GAGGGAGGGGGUCUCGUUCUCUUCGAGAUUCCACAUAGACUCACGUCCACGCAGGUCGAGUGCGCCGCGGAGGUUUCUUUUUCUUUUUUUUCUUCUAUUUUUUUUCUUCCUCUUUCUUUUUUUGGGGGGGGCGCUCGCUUCAUUGAUGCGCAUUUGCUGGCAUGCUGUUUAAGGAUGAGGCAGCCGUGUGCGAAUGUUGCAGAACACCGGUAGAGGACUACUUGCCUUGCUGUUGAUGUUGUUGGAGUGGACUCGCCCAAGCCUCCUAUCCCCACUGAGGCCCAUCUGUGACCUGAGGGUCCUCAACCAUUUUAUCAAGGAAGCCCAAGACGCAGAAGUCGCAAUGAAGUCAUGCCGAGAUGGAUGUAGCCUGUCCCAGUCCAUCGCCGUUCCCCAGACCACAGUAGACUUUGAUAUCUGGGAAAUGAAAAAUGCCAUGGAGAAAGCCCAGGAGGUGCAGUGUGGCUUAUGGCUCCUCCAGCAAGCCCUCAACUCGCUGCGCAGCUCGGUCACCAACGUGGCGCUUCAUGGACACAUUGACAAUUCGUUGAGGAACGUGCUCAGCAUCAACGCCGUACUGCGCAGUCUCAACAUUCCGGAGUACGAGCCACCGGCAAGCGUGGCUGGCCUGGAGGGCACGUGGCACGUGUCUACGGCAGCUGACCUCCUCCAAGUGCACGUCAACUUCCUGCGAGGCAAAGUGCAUCUCCUUCUCUUGGAGGCGCAGGCUUGUCAACAAGAUGUCAGUUGAUUGGCUCGUCUUCUCACUCCAAGGCUAUAUCUGCUUUAAAAAGGGCCUCGACUCUGGUGACAUACUUGCUAGCUGCUAGAAACAACCAAACGACCACACCUUUGCUUGUUCUUUUUUUUUUAAGUGAGGGCAAAGAGCGGCCACAGGGGGUCUUCUGGAGAGAGUGGCACUUUGAAAUGUGGACACAUGUUGACCAAAACAAGGCUUUUUUUAAAGAAGCACCGCUCUUGCACUUUGUGUGUCAAUGCACUAGUGUGCCGGUUAGGACUGCACGUGGUGUGUUUGUCUCUUUCCCAAGUGUUUAACCUUUUUGUAAGUGAAUUAUGCAGAAAUAUUAAUAUCACGCCAACACAGCGUGGCAACAAAACAUGAAUGAGAGGCCUUUACUUGUAAAAAUAUUUGUCUUGUUUAGAUUUCUACUGUGUGACAAGGUUUAAUAUAUUUUGAAACAUUGUGUAAUGACUAUUUAUACAGAUUUUCUACUUUUUAGCUUUGUAUUGUUCAGUGUUGACCUUUUAGACUUUUGUAAAGAAACAAGAAACUUUUGUAUGUCGUGACGAGAGGUCAUUGAAGAGGACAUGAGAACUGUGAAGUUGCGCUGUCAUUAUCAGUCCAGCUAACAAUCACACGGAGCCAGCACACUGAUAGCCUGCAAAAAAGAAACAAAAACAUCCUCCAACUAAUUCCACAAUCAUGCUGGAAGACUGUUCAGUUCGCAAGCCUGAAAAGGAAAGCAAACUGUCCACUGGAAUUUGCGUCAUUUGGAGAAAAUGUUUAACUAUUCCAAACUAGUCCAGCUUUUUUCCUUGUUGUUUUCCUCAUUUGUGACUUGUUGCGCAAGUGCAUGGUGGUUUUGAGGAUGUUUGCACAUGUUCUCCUUUCCUGUUUUGUAUGUCCAAUCACUGUAGAAUUUGCUAUUUAAACACAAAAACAUUAUUCUUGGAUGAACAAAAGGAUGGAGACAACCAGUUCUUGUCUCUUCCGGUCAGUGGCAUAAACCGCAGAGCUUGCACAGCUUUGAAGCCAAAAUAAAAGGCUGUGUUAACAUGUGGCAUCAAAUUUGAGGUUUUUAGCAACAAUAAAAUGUGGACAAUUACAAAAUACAUUACACAAAACUUUAUUUGUGACUGAAUGGCACCAUCCUCACUCCAAUUCCAUUGACAUAACAGCACUAAACUAAUAUCCACCUUUAAAGAUGGAAAAUAAAAAGGUACAAGAAACCUUUGUCUCCUGACAUCUAGUGGAUUAUUUUAUACAACACCAGCCAAGAUCUGCAAAGGAAAUGAUUGCAUUUGGAACAGACUCAAUACUUGUGGUCAAACAUUGAAGAGCUACCAAAGCAUCCAUCUACUAACAACUGGUAUGCACCAUAGUUGGUCAGAGGUUGAUCCUGCAGUAAAAUAAUGACCUGCAAUAGAAGUCCGAGCUAUGCCUGAACGACCCUAGGGGGAAAAAAAGAACAAGUUCUGUCUUGUGUUAACGACUGUGCUGUCCCCUUCAUGUUGUUUUUCUCCUUGUGAGUAGUUGUGGUAAAGCUUGUGUUUAUGUUUGGGACCUUACAUCUAACAACUAGACUAGGGGUGUACAAAGUGCAGCCCGAGAGCCAUUUGCAGCCCACAGCUUGUCAUAAAUUGGCCCACGACUCAUUUUUAUUAAUAGUUAACAAGACAAAGUUGAAAUUGUAAUCCUAGUAUGCCCAUG